UCUGUGUUGGUCGUAGGCUCUGAAGUCCGUUACAUUCGUCAAGACGGUGUGGGAACCUCCCAUGUUUAUCUUCAGCCGCAGGAACUCUAAUCUAGCAGAGAAGAGACGGUAGAUGAGUUCAAAGCACUGAGGGGAAAGCGAAGGAAGUAGUGGCUGGUUCUUCAGGGAUGUAUGUUCGAACUGGCUCUUGAAUCUGCGCCUAAUGCGUGCCUACUUGAAGGAAAGAAAAUAGGAUUCGGUUGGGUUGGAGCAAAGACUAUCCUGGUCGUGGCAGACGUAUUCAGUAAGUUGUAAAGAAGCAUUAAGAAAAUGUGACUGUCAAGACUGUUAGGAACCAAGUAAAAAGCUGGAGAGAAUGGCAUUUAGAAGUAAGCCUGAAGAUCCCAGCAUUCUGGUGGUAGAGGCAGAAGGAUCAAAAGUUCAAGACCAUCCUCAGCUACAUCCCAAGUUUGAGGCCAGCUUCAGCUACAUGAGACCCUGUCACAAAUGAAAGAAUUUGAGGCCAACCCAUAGACUACACAGCAAGGAAUUGUCUUGAGAGGUUUUCACAGUUGAGAACACAAAGCAGGAUGUCUGUGGAUCCGAUGGCCUAUGAGGCCCAGUUCUUUGGCUUCACACCACAGACUUGCCUGCUAAGGAUCUACAUAGCAUUUCAAGACCACCUGUUUGAAGUGAUGCAGGCUGUUGAACAGGUUAUCCUAAAGAAGUUGGAGGGCAUUCCAGAUUGUGAGAUUAGCCCUUUCCAGACUCGUAAAUGCACAGAGAAGUUUCUUUGCUUCAUGAAAGGACGUUUCGAUAAUCUUUUUGGCAAAAUGGAACAGCUAAUUUUACAGUCGAUUUUGUGUAUUCCCCCAAACAUCCUGCUUCCUGAAGAUAAGUCUCAGGAGAUGAAUCCUUUCAGUGAAGAAAAAUUCCGUCUUCUCAAACAGGAAAUCAAAGAAUUACAGGAGAAAUAUAAAGUUGAAUUAUGCACUGAACAGGCCCUUCUUGCAGAAUUAGAGGAGCAAAAAACUGUUAAAGCCAAACUCAGAGAGACCUUGACUUUCUUUGAUGAGCUUGAAAACAUUGGCAGAUAUCAAGGAACUAGUAACUUUAGGGAGAGUUUGGUGUCCCUGGUCCAGAACUGCAGAAAACUCCAGAACAUUAGAGACAAUGUAGAAAAAGAAAGCAAAAGACUGGAAACAGUAAUGUCUCAAUAGUGAAAAGAGCGACCAUGUAAAUAGGUAGCUUUUCUUUGUUUGCUCUAUGUUUAAGGUCUUUUGGGGCCACAUUCCCCUCCUUCCCUAGGUUACUCAAAGCAAAUCAGCAGAUCUUGUAAAUUGCAGGCUCCAGUUCAGAUUUCUAAAGCAGAACUUGUGUUCAUUUGCUUUUCUCCCCCUGGAACUUGGGUUCGCUGCCCUCACAUCUGGUAAUGUCUCCUGUUCUUUUGGGAUUGUAUUCAUUUUGCUGUUAGGGAUGUUUUAGUAUGAUUUCAGGAGGGGAUGGAAUCUUUAUGGAGCUGGAUGUUUCUGCUCAUUUUUAUUGUAUAAACCAGGUAUUCACAGAGUAUAACCAUGAGGUACAUCAGGGACUAAUAGAGCUAGGCUGAGGAUAUAGCUCAGUGGUAGAGUAUACACAGCAUGUGGGUGUCUCAGGAUUUAACACACCACACUGGAGAGAAGGAAAAGGAAAUCAAGGGGAAGCAGGGCACAGCAGAGGGGAUCAGGGAUAUGGGAUGCCGUGUAGUGCAGUAUUAAAGGGGCAUGUCUGACUGAUAAUGUAAGAUUCAAGUCAGGCUUAGAAAGCCUUACCCUUGCGCCUAUGGGAUCAUCCUAGGCAAAGAAAAUAGCAGAAAACCCAUAGGGUAGAGCAUAUUAAGGAAUUCACACAGCUAGAACAGAUAUGGACAGUGUAGGAAACAGUAUAUACCUGUCAUGUUCCAUUCUAUUUUUUGUAAGACAAGCAAGGGCUGAUGAUAUGGGUCAGCGGGUAAAAGUACUUGUAAUAUAAGCCUGGUGACCUGAGUAGGCUCCCCAGAACCUACUUAAAGAUGGAAAGAAAGACUUCACAAAAUUGUCCUCUGACUUCUAAAGGUACACUGUGGCAUGUACACUCCCAUCCCCCACAUCAUGUGUACACACACAGUGAUUGAUAUAUAUAUCUUUUUCUUAAGAGAAGCAAAACCUCUGUGUAUGUGUGAGUGUGUGUUACUAGAAACUGACUCCUAUCUGAGUUUCAUGCACACUAUUGAUCCCAGUACUCAGGAGGCAAAGGUAGGUGGACCUCUUGUGAGUUUAGCCUGACUUACAUAAAGAAUUACAGGGGAGCCAGGACUAAAAAGACCCCAUCUCAAAAAACAAAAAGAAAAUAAAGCCCAAAUGUGAUUGAUGACACUUGUUAUAUUGGUAAAGCAGACUUUAUUCUGGACUCUUAAGUUGGAUAUUGGGACCAUUGCAGGAGGAUUUUUCGUUAAGGGAGAGAUUAGAUUCUGAAUAUAAGAAGGAUAAGAAGUUGGGAAUGAGCAGCUAAGGGUCAGAAUGGGACUUGUUGGGGCAAAGCGGAGAUGGAAAAUUACUAAAAGGGUUGGUGUAAGGGGUUUGAAUGUAUCCCACAAAAUUCAUGUUAAAACUUGACUUCUUGGUACACUGUUGAAGUUUAUACUUUGAUUCAUGACAGUACUGUGGGAACAGGAGUGUUCUUUAGGGUGUUGGUUUCCAUUAAAAGUUUGAGUUCAGGUCCUGCUCUGGCAUGAUCUCAUCCUUAAACACCUCUACUACUAUGGGAAGAGACAGCAGGAAGGCAUUUACCUUAACUUUGGACGCUACCUAUAAUAAAUAUUCUCUAUAUGUGUAAUAAACAAAUACUUCAGUA